AUGCGCGCGCACGCCAACCGUCCGGAAGUUUCACGCCCGCGUGUCGUUCCACCGCACCGCCUCGCUCCGCCUCCCACGUUGCUCCGUGCCACCGCUCCGCCUCCCACGCCGCUCGGUGCCGCCGCCUCCCACGACGAGAUGUCGCCCCGCCGUCGCUCGACCUCCGGCUACCGCGGCAUCCGCGCGCGGCCAAGCGGCACGUUCUACGCCGAGAUCUGCAGCAGUGACAAGCGCAUCGGGCUCGGCACGUUCGAGACGGCGCACGAGGCGGCGCGCGCCUACGACGCGGUCGCCUGGCGCCUCGGCUGCUCCCGCCGCACCAUGAGCUUCCACGACGUGUGGACGCGGGAGCAGGCGGAAGCGCUCGCGCCACCGCCUCCGGCCAUCACGCGCGAGCAUCAGCAGCGCCAGCGCGAGCUCGAGCAGCGGCUCGUCAUCACGGAGCGCGACGAGCGCCUCCGCCUCAAGUGGGCGCGGCAGUUCAUGGAGGACGUCGACGCGAUGGAGGCCUUCUACGCGAAGAAGCAGGAGGAGAAGGCGGCGGCGGUGAAGAAGAAGGCGGAUCGUGACGAGCGGCGGGCGAAGUCGGCGGCGAGGAAGAAGGAGAGGGCGGAGAAGGCCGCGAGGAAGGCAGAGGAGAAGAAAAACGGCGCUGCAAAAUAUGAUCAAAAAGUUGUUUGCACCGCGCUGCGCGCUGCAUAA